AUGGCCUUAGGUUGGAACUUCCGGGGGCUUGGGAACCCCCGGUCAGUAGGAAUGCUGUGCAGUCUUGUGCGGCGGUGGGAUCCCGAAGUGGUUUUCUUAUCGGAAACUAAAAUGAUGAUUGCUGGAGUGAAAAAGCUGAAGAUGAAACUGGGUUUUGUUAAUGGUCUUUAUGUUCAAGGGAAAGGGAGAGGAGGAGGCUUGGCAAUGUACUGGAAGAAGGAAGUAAAUUUGGAGAUCAAGAGUUACUCAAGACACCACAUUGAUGCAGUAGUAGUAGAAGAAGAGUCUGGGUUCAAAUGGAGGCUGACUGGAUUUUAUGAGCAUCUAGAGACACAUCAGAGGAAAGAAUCUUGGAGGUAUCUCGAUACUCUUAAUCUUCAAUUUACUUUGCCUUGGUUAUGUUUUGGCGACUUUAAUGAGAUUAUAUCAGUAGAAGAAAAAUUAGGGGGAGCUCCGAGACCCCAAAAUCAGAUGGAAGCUUUCCGAAAUAUUAUUCAUAGGUGUGGAUUUAAAGAUUUAGGUUUCUCGGGUUUUGAGUUUACAUGGUGCAAUCAACAGGAAGGUAGUGAUAGAGUCUAUCUGAGAUUGGACAGGGCUUUUGCAACUCCAGAUUGGAUAGAGCACUUCACAAAUGUAAGGGUUCAGCAUUUAGAAGAUACCACGUCUGACCAUUGCCCCCUAUUACUUGCUGAUUCUCAUGCUCUUAAUAAGCGUGGUAAGCGUGGAUUUUUAUUUGAGGCUAUCUGGACAAGACAGGCUGAUUGUAGGGGAUUGGUGGAGGAGGUUUGGAAUGCUAACAAUAAUCUCCAUGACCCAAGUAGUUUCAGUGUAGGGCUUAAAAUGUGUGCGGACAACCUAGCCAAGUAG